UCUCAUCUCCGCCUGCAGCUGAGUUUUCUGGUGGGGACAUAUCUAUUUCUACAAACUCUCUCUGUCUUCUUCUUCUUCUUCUUCCCAAAAUCAACAAACCCACACAAAUUCCAAAUUUAGGGAUUGGGAUUUGCAAUAUCAAAAUUUCCCAUCCAAUUAUUAUUUUCCAAGUAAUAUUUCAGCUUGAAUGUUGAUUACGAUACGAUCCUCCGUCAGGUGGAUUUCCGCGUCUCUUUUGGUUUAGGUUGAUGGGAAAUGCCAAUGGUAGGGAGGAGAGUUUUCCCGGCGGUGGUGGAGGACCACCAGCAGCCGGAGGAAGAGCCAACGUCGAUGUACAAAGUCCGGCAAUUGACAGUUCGGUGACUAGUGAAACUAGUAACGUUGUUUCUUCAGAUUCGAUGGGAAAUACUCCUCCUCAUAGCCCUGGGAAGUUCCGAUCCCCGAUCUUGUUCGCUCCUCAGGUUCCUGUGGCUCCCUUGCAAGGAGGUAAUGGUCCAACCCAUUACAAUGAAGCCUGGCAGAAUGAAUUCGGUGGAGCUAUAGAUAAUCCUCCAGAGCAAGGAAUCCCAACGAUCAUUACGUGGAGCUACGGUGGCAACAGUGUUGCUGUUGAGGGGUCUUGGGACAACUGGACAUCCAGAAAGACCUUGCAGAGGACUGGCAAAGAUUUUUCGCUACUUCUGGUCCUUCCAUCUGGAGUAUAUCAUUACAAGUUCAUUGUCGAUGGUCAAAGGAGAUAUAUUCCAGAUCUUCCUUUCAUAGCUGAUGAGAUGGGCAAUGUCUUUAAUCUUCUCAACGUUUCUGAUAGUGUGCCUGAUAUUCUACAGAGUGUGGCCGAGUUCGAGCCUCCACAAUCCCCAGAGACGACUUACAGCCAAACAUUCCCCAGCGAUGAAGACUUUGCCAAGGAGCCAGCAGCCGUACCAUCGCAGCUGCACCUCACGGUUCUAGGUAUGGAGAACACGGAUGAAGCUUCGUCCUCAAAGCCUCAACAUGUUGUGCUUAACCACCUUUUCAUAGAGAAAGGAUGGGCUUCUCAGUCUGUGGUUGCCUUGGGACUUACUCAUAGGUUCCAUUCAAAGUAUGUCACCGUCGUCCUCUACAAACCGCUCAACAGGUAGUUAUCGUUGAUUUUUCACGAUGAACUUUGUAAAGGAUCAUGAGCUACUCCGCCCUCCAUCUUCUGUGGAGGAAUCUUGUUUUAUAGAACUGCCUUGGCUAAAGUUUGCUAGCAACAAAAAGAACCCUUAAUUCUGAUCAAUAUUUCUUCAAUCUGUGAAGAAAUCUUUGUUUUAUAGAACUGCUUGGCCAAAAAAGUUUUAUUUCCUUCUCUCUAAUUGUAUCAAUAGUAGAUUUGGGUAGAUAUCAGGGGGGAAGUCUUGGACUAGCAUAUUUGUUUGACUCAGUUUUAGCAUUAUCGUGUGCAACGUUUGACAGAUUAA